ACGUGUGUAUCGGACCCGACGGCGUGCUUCCAAGGGAUGACAAGGGGUAUGGGUUUCUUUUUCUUCCCUUGUUUCCCACCCCAAAACUCAUCCGACUGCAUUCUCCCCACAUACAAACCGGGAGCGUAGCUGUCAAACACGGGCGUAUGGUCUACGGACGACGACGACCACGACGACGACGAUCAUCAUCAGCUGAUGCGAGGGAGGCACCCAUACGGGGCUGUGUAUCUCUUCUAUCACGCUAAGGGAGGUCUAAGCAAGGGCAUCCCAGCGCCAGUACCGUUGUUGUGGUCAUUGACAGCAGACGGCCUCGUUCGGUUUGCUUGCCGUGCACCGUUCAACCGGCUAAUUCGUGCAGGGGUUUAGUGCAACACGGCGGUAAGAAUCCUCCGGCCCCACAACGCCUCGAAAGUGCAUCGUUGCAGGUUUUGGACCAGGGGGGAAAGAGAGAGAGAGCGCGAGAGAGUGGAGAGUUAGACGACACUAUUAGCGGCAUUCUUCGAUUUUUAGAUUGUCCUUUCGCGGCUUUUGUUCCCACAGGUCGAGAGAAUGCAACCAUGGCUAAAGAUAUCGCUGCUGCUGUGCACGUUCGGGUUUCUCAAGGAAAUUCGUCCCAGUGAACCAUUCAUCGUCGACUACCUCGCAGGACCAUGGCGCAAUUUAACGAUGGAACAGAUCAUCCAGGAAGCGUUCCCGAUCGGUACGUACUCCUAUCUGGCGCAGCUGGCCAUCAUCUUUCUGGUGACGGACCUGCUGCGCUACAAACCGAUCAUCAUCGUGAACGGUGCUGCCGGCAUCAUUGUCUGGAGCAUGCUUACCUGGACCACCUCGCUGAACGCGCUCAAGGUGCUGGAGAUAUUCUACGGCACCUACUGUGCGGCCGAGGUCGCCUACUUCAGCUACAUCUACGCCAAGGUGGACCGGGAACACUACCAGAAGGUGACGUCGCACACGCGGGCAGCUAUCUACAGUGGGCGCUUCUUUGCCGCCAGCCUGGCCCAGCUGCUGGUGUACUUCGAGGCGAUGGACUACCGUCAGCUGAACUACCUGUCGCUCGCGGCACAGAUCAGUGCCACAGUGUGGGCCCUGUUUCUACCCUCCGUACCUACCAGCAUGUACUUCCACCGGCGAACCUUAACCGACGAGCUGCCGGAAAUGUCCACGCCCCAACUGCCAAACGGCUCGGCCACCGCCGCCGACAAGCAGGAACCGAUGGUGGACGUAAUGGCCGACGAUCGGUCAGAUGAUAGCAAACCUCCGGUGGGCGUCAUAGCUCCGUCACAGACCCCAUUUCGUUCCCGGCUGAAGGAAGCGUUCGUGCUGCUCUGGACACACUUUCGCACUUCGUUCACCAACCGGAGCGUGCUGCAGUGGAGCGUGUGGUACGGUCUGGCGAUGGCAGGCUACAUACAAAUUCUCGCCUACGUGCAGGCGCUCUGGAGCUCCAUCGACGAAACCCAGCCCGCCGUCUGGAACGGGGCGGUUGAGGCAGCCGUUACACUGCUCGGAGCCAUCGUCUCCCUGCUGGCCGGUUACUUACACAGCGGUUUUCUAAAACCGCGCACCAGCCUACUAUCGCUGGCACUGCUUUCGUUUGCAGCGGGCGGCGCAAUGAUGCUAGCAACCAACACCGGCAACUUGAUCGUGUCCUAUCUCGGGUACAUGAUUUUCUGCGUGCUGUACGCGUUCGCAAUUACCGUGGUGAGUGCGGAAAUUGCCAAAAACAUUUCGGACGAUUGCUUUGGGCUGGUGUUCGGCUUCAAUACGCUCGUCGCACUGUCGCUGCAAACGCUGCUCACGUUCUCGGUCACCGAUUCGGACGGCUGGUUUGCGCUGGACGUGUUCGGUCAGUUUACGGUGUUCAGCUCCUACUUCCUGGUGCUUGGUGGCAUUUAUACGGCGUUUCUGGCUGCCGAGAUCGUUGCCAGCGUAAUCAGGCGCUACAGGUGAUGGUAGAUGCGCCGCCACGCUCCACGUGAGAAGACCCCGGCACACACACACACACUGACGAGGCUGAAAUGAACGCAACAGGUAGUACAAAUUAGUUCUCGGGAUGCUAUAUCGGUAACGGAGAACGGCACAAGCCAGCAAAUACAUUACUUACGUAGAAGAGAUAUUAUCGAUCGGCAUGAUCGCAUGAUUGAAGUGCUCUUGUAUCGCAGUACAUUGACCGUAUACACACUUGAUGGUUUAAAAGGAACAGAUAGUGAUUGACUGUAGGAAGCAUUAUAAUGCGCACCUCCCCUUAAGGUAAUGUGUCCUAUUAGUGUUAGAAAGACUUUUUUAUUUUAGAGCCCCUUUUAGAGACACAUUUAGGCACUGUUUUGAUUAAUAAUAAACAUAAAAACCAAAUCCCAACUGCACAA